AUGACACGGUCGGUUCCGGCCGGUUAUGUUCGUUUUCCGACAAUUUCCUUGCCGCCGGAUUCCGGCCGGAAGUUUAAACCCGGAAAUGGUCAGGAACUGAUCGGAUAUUUUCAUCUUAAUUCCGGCCGGAAUCCGGCGGCAAGAAAUCUGCCGGAACCUACUGGAAUCGGCGAAAACUGUGCCGGAACCGACCCAGAUUUUAACGGAUCCAGUCGUCGGAAUUAUCGACCUCGGUAUAUUAGUCAAUCAUCAAUAUCAAAUGGAAAUUCUGCGUACAAAUCUUUAUUAUCGUAA